AUGACGUACCAAAAUAGGAUUGGUGACACAUCCGCAAUCACUUCGCAUGAAUUAAUCUCCCUUAUCUUGGAGAAGAGCACGCAAAGGAAAGAAAAACUCUGCAGAAAAGGACAUGGAAAAGACAAUGCACUUACCAUGAAGGAAAAGAAUCUGAAAAAGAAGUGUGAAAGGAAGGAAGUCAAGAAGUGUCGAAUCUGUAAAAAGUCUGGCCACACCGAUCAGGACUGCUGGUUCAAGGACAAGCAGACCAAAUGCUCCAACUGCCAUAAGAGCAGGCAUGCUAUUGAGAUGUGCUGGAGCAAAGGAGGCGGACAGGCGGGCACAGGACCGUCUAAACCUUCUCCCCUGAAGCGUGCCAAGAAAGACAACACAAAUGUCGUUGAAGACAUUAAUGACGUUGCUGAGGAUGCGCAAUAUUAUGAGGAGGAAGAUGUUGCCUUUUUAGGUGACGAUAUGGAAGAGGUUGUCGAAGAACAACCUGACGUACCUCAGGCUAAUUAUAGCCAAGGUGAAUAUGACAAGUUGAUCAAGUUUGAUUGGCUUGCUGACUCAGGCACCACAUCACACAUCACGAAGAUUAAAUCUGCAUUAAUGGAUUAUGUUCCGCUUAAAUCCCAUAAAGUUACAGGAAUAAGUAACCAGUCUAUUAAGGCUGAGGGAUGA